UUUUUAUAUUAUUGCAUGAUGGCUGAAAGGGAAGAAGUGACCGAAUUACAACCAGUUCCAGAUGCUCAUGUACCAGUAAUGAAAUUCAAGUUCUGCGGAAUAUCAAUUGAUAUUCUUUAUGCCAGUAUCUCUCUCUUGGUUGUUCCUGAAGACUUGGAUAUCUCUCAUGGAUCUGUAUUGUACAAUGUUGACAAACCAACUGUUCGAAUUCUUAAUGGUUGUUGGGUUGUAGAUCAAAUUCUUCGACUUGUUCCAAAUGUUGAGAGUUUCCAUAAGUACAAAUGCAUGUAUAAGGGAGUUCAUGUACGCGCCACAUGUGCACCAGCGUCACAUGUACCAACAUGGUGUGAAGGUACAAUACUCAAACCAUCAAUCGGAAGGGCUACUCAGGUGCCAACAGUUUGCAAAACAAGUCCAUCCACCUGUUCCCAACAUAAUUGCCCACCUUCUUAGCAUACCAGCUUUAUUUUUGGGACAGAACAUCUGCAUAUAAACAGGCCCACCAGAUGGACAGCUUGGAUAUUGCAUGGAUAGCACGUUAGCACGUGGAGUGUAAGUGGUAUGCAUUGUACAUGUGUAGGUGUACUAAAGUUGUGCCUAUAUAGAUGUAUUUAUAUAUACCUUG